AUGCCGUCUCUUGAAGACUCCACCCCUACCGAAGCACGCCUCCUCCUCGUCUCAAAUCGCCUGCCCAUCACCAUCAAGCGCUCGGAGGAUGGCAAAUAUGACUUUUCCAUGUCCUCCGGUGGCCUGGUCAGCGGUCUGAGUGGCCUGUCCAAAUCAACGACCUUCCAGUGGUACGGCUGGCCUGGUUUGGAGGUGCCCGAGGCGGAGAUCCCGGUGGUCACGCAGCGCCUCAAGGACGAAUACGGUGCUGUGCCAGUGUUUAUCGAUGAUGAGCUGGCCGAUCGACACUACAAUGGAUUUUCCAACUCGAUCCUCUGGCCCCUCUUUCAUUACCACCCCGGUGAAAUCACCUUCGACGAGUCCGCCUGGGAGGCAUACAAGGAGGCCAAUCGGUUGUUCGCGCAGGCAAUCGCCAAGGACGUCCAGGAUGGAGAUCUCAUCUGGGUGCAUGACUAUCACUUGAUGCUGCUUCCCGAAAUGCUGCGCGAAGAAAUCGGCUCUAGCAAGCAGAAUGUCAAGAUUGGGUUCUUUUUGCACACCCCAUUCCCCAGCAGUGAGAUCUAUCGCAUCCUGCCUGUGCGCAAUGAGCUGCUCCUAGGUGUCUUGCACUGUGACCUCAUUGGGUUCCACACCUACGAUUACACCCGGCAUUUCUUGAGCAGUUGUUCGCGAUUACUGGAACUUGCCACGACUCCCAACGGCAUUGAAUUCCAGGGCAAGAUUAUUACCUGCGGCGCCUUCCCCAUCGGCAUUGACCCGGAGAAGUUCAAAGAGGGCCUGAAAAAGGAGAAGGUGCAGAAACGAAUUGCCAUGCUGGAACAAAAGUUUCAAGGCGUCAAGCUGAUGGUCGGUGUCGACCGGCUCGACUACAUCAAGGGCGUGCCUCAGAAGCUGCAUGCGCUCGAGGUUUUUCUCAGUGAUCAUCCCGAAUGGGUUGGCAAGGUCGUGCUUGUGCAGGUCGCUGUACCUAGUCGCCAGGAUGUGGAGGAGUACCAGAAUCUGAGAGCGGUGGUGAACGAACUCGUGGGUCGGAUUAACGGCAAGUUUGGGACUAUCGAGUUCAUGCCCAUUCACUUCCUGCAUAAAUCUGUCAACUUUGACGAGCUCAUUGCGCUCUACGCCGUGUCGGAUGCUUGCAUCGUCUCGUCCACCCGAGACGGCAUGAACCUGGUGGCGUACGAGUACAUUGCGACGCAACAGAAGCGCCACGGCGUGCUGGUGCUCUCGGAAUUCGCCGGCGCAGCACAGUCCCUCAACGGCAGCAUGAUCGUGAAUCCGUGGAACACGGAGGAGCUGGCGGGUGCGUACCAAGAAGCCGUCACGAUGAGCGACGAGCAACGAGCGCUGAAUUUCAGCAAACUGGACCGAUAUGUGUCUAAGUAUACCAGUGCAUUCUGGGGCCAGUCCUUCGUCGCCGAACUCAGUCGGAUAUCCGGCCAGGCGGCAGAUAAGUUCCAGUCGAAGAAAGUGGCAGCCAACGAUUCCACAGAUGGUGACGCCACUGCCAACAAGCAAGAGGCGUAG